AGUUCUCGAAGAGACGCCCGCGCCAAAGCCCAGUGGGAGUGGGGAAUAAAAUUUAAAAAAAAUAAUAAUAAUAAAAAAGAAGCCUGGGGACGGGGUUAAAGGGGGCGACCACGUGACUCCAAACAUCAUUCAGUCGCUUCCGCUCCGUGAGCCCCGCCCCUUCUGCACCGCCAGCCAAUGGGGGCACGCUGUACCCCGCGGUGGUUUCCAUGGCAGCGGCGGAGGGAGGAGGAGGGAAGCGGUUACCUAGCAACCGGGUGAUGCUAAGCCGCCUGGCCAGGAGGUCGGGCAAGUGCAUUCCCAGAGGCAGCAGAGCCUGAACCCAGGGAUCUUGCGGAGCGGGGCCGCUUCGCAGUCGCCGCUCGAACCCUCUCAGGGCUUUUCGCCACACACGCACACACGCACACACGUCCCACCCUCCCCAAACCCAAUCAUGACGUCCCCCCUUUGCUGGGGGUACUCCUCCAAGGAGCAGUCGGCUUCGGAACUGGUGUCCAGUUCAGCCAAGGCGAAGGGCAACCAAGCCCAGGCCAAGCACCAUCACCGGAGUAAGAAGAGGGUGCAGGCCUGGCCCCCCAAACACUCCAUGGGCAGAUGGCGGAAGCAGUUCACCAGCGGGGUGUUCUCUGAGCUGCAGGCGCAGGUCAGCGAGGUUCAGAAGAAGAUCCAGAUUCUGGAGGGUGACCGCAAAGCCUUCCAUGAGAGCUCUCAGUGGAACAUGAAGAAAAACCAGGACGUGAUCCAGCACCUCCGCGAGGAGACCCGGAUGCUGCAGCUCAGGCUCAAUGAACUGCUGCGGGGAGAUGAGAAGGUGGUCCAGGCGAUCAUAAAGGAAUGGACUUCAGAGGCUCCUUACCUGAAGAACAGGACGAGCCAGCAAGCCCUGGAAACACUGGACUACCGCCUGAAUCAUAAGGUAAAAGAACUCAACGCGCUGCGCCAUCAACUCAGUCUCCGCCAGAAACGCCUGGAAGAACUCCAACUACAGUACAACUUUCGCCGCCUGGAGAUCAACGAGCUCCAGGACAGCAGUACCGAGGUGGCCAAGAACAUGCGGAACCUGGAGAACCGCCUGGAGAAGGCGCGCAUGAAGGUGGAGGAGGCGGGGCGCAUCACCUCCGUGUACCUGCAGCUGAAGGCCUACCUGCAGGAGGAGGGGCUGCACUUGGGGAACCGGCUGGAUGCCAUGGAGGCGGAGGUGAUGCGGGCCAAACGUGAGCUGGAAGAGCUGCAUGCCGUCAACCAGGAUGCCCUCAACGCCCGUGACAUCGCCAAGAACCAGCUGCAGGACCUGGAGGAGAAGGUUUUCCGUGAGCGCAAGAGGCGGGAGCGUUACAUCACUGAGUGCAAGAAGCGAGCGGAGGAGAGGAAGCUACAGACAGAGAGGAUGGAGCGCAAGACACAGCGUGAGCACAUCCUGCUGCACUCGGACGACACCCUGCAGGAGAACCUGCAGGCCAAGGAGAAGGAGCUGAAACACCGCUGGAGCAUGUACCAGAUGGAGAUGCUCUUUGGCAAGAUCAAGGAUGCCACCGGAGUCGCCGAGUCACACGCUGUAGUGCGGCGGUUCCUGGCCCAGGGCGAGACCUUCACGCAGCUGGAGCAGCUGAAGACGGAGAAUGAACUGCGGCUGAAGAGGCUGCGGCAGGACAGGCAGCGUCUGCAGAGGGAACUGGAGAACCACAAGUACUCGGGCGAGAGCCGGCUGGUGAGCGAGCAGAAGCGGAAGGGGGAGCUGGAGCAGAAGCUGGUGGCCCAGGAGAAGCGAAGAUCGGAAGCCCGGGAGGAGCUGGAGCGGGCUCUGCGGGCCAUACAGGUGGCCAGGGACGGCUUGGAGCACCUGGUGGGGAAACUCAGCGGCAUCAGGGAGGAGGGCAGCGACCUCUUCCAGAAGCCCCUGGACCCUGAGCACAAGGAUUACCUGCACAACCUGUUGAAGAUAGUGGAGCGGGUGAUGCUGAACGCGCAGACGCAACUGCAGCCUCACAACCUGCCCGACCUGCUGCAUUACAUCGCUGAGCGCGAGUUCCACGCCAGUCUGGAGAGUAAGCUACCCAUUUUCAACACCCGGAUUCCGCUGCCCUUAGCCUCGGCCACCAAGGACAAGUUCUUCGACGAGGAGGAGAGCGAGGACGAGGACAAUGAUGUCGUGACCCGCACCAUGCUAAAACUGCGAUCCCAGAAACUGGUCGAGUCCCGCAACAAGAAGCGUGGCCGCGCCCGCAGGAACUAAGGGCGCCCCCCCAUCGACACUCCCCCAGAAAAGAGGGGGGACCCCACCCCCACAGGCGAGCCCCGUCCACCCUGGCACGCCGCCCUCGGGGCUCCCCAACUCGGGGCCCCUGCCAAGGGCAGAGGAGGGUCGGUUAGGCUCCACGCCAACCCCCUGGGUGCUGGAGAAAAGUGGGGGGAUGGGGUGGGGGUGACGGUCGCCCCCAAGUUCCCACAGGAAGUCGCUGCUCUCUGGCGGUGCGCGCCCCGUCUGGGCCCAGGGAGUAAUUAAAGGUCACGGAACAGCA